GCCGCCGUCCGGCCCUCGCCGCCGCGCCCGCAACCAGCACUAUGCCUGCCGCCGGCUCCGAGCCGUCACGCCCACUGUCGCCGCCUGCCGUGCAGGAGCAGAGCGCCGAGCCGCGGCCGCCGCCGCCGCACGGGGAGCUGCAGUACCUGGGGCAGAUAGAACACAUCCUCCGCUGCGGCUUCCGGAAGGAUGACCGCACCGGCACUGGCACCCUGUCGGUGUUCGGGAUGCAGGCGCGGUACAACCUGAGAGAUGAAUUUCCUCUGCUGACAACCAAACGUGUUUUCUGGAAAGGUGUUUUGGAGGAGUUGCUGUGGUUUAUCAAGGGAUCCACCAACGCUAAGGAACUGUCUUCCAAGGGAGUGAAAAUUUGGGAUGCCAAUGGGUCCCGAGACUUCUUGGAUGGCUUGGGCUUCUCCAACAGAGCUGAAGGGGAUUUGGGCCCGGUUUAUGGCUUCCAGUGGAGGCAUUUUGGGGCUGAAUACAAAGAUAUGGAUUCAGAUUAUUCAGGUCAAGGAGUAGAUCAACUGCAAAAAGUGAUCGACACAAUCAAAACCAACCCUAACGACAGAAGAAUCAUCCUGUGUGCUUGGAAUCCAAAAGAUCUCCCUCUCAUGGCCCUCCCCCCAUGCCACGCCCUCUGCCAGUUCUACGUGGUGAAUGGGGAGCUGUCCUGCCAGUUGUACCAACGGUCGGGAGACAUGGGCCUGGGUGUGCCCUUCAAUAUUGCCAGCUACGCCCUGCUCACCUACAUGAUCGCACACAUCACGGACCUGAAGCCAGGUGACUUCGUACACACUCUGGGAGAUGCACACAUUUACCUGAAUCACAUCGAGCCGCUGAAGACUCAGCUUCAGCGAGAACCAAGGCCUUUCCCCAAGCUCAAAAUCCUUCGAAAAGUUGAGACAAUCGAUGACUUCAAGGCUGAAGACUUUCACAUUGAAGGCUACAAUCCUCACCCGACUAUUAAAAUGGAAAUGGCUGUCUAGAGUGCUUUUAAAGGCGUUGUUUGAAGGAUAUUUACACCCAGGUAAAAGUUCACUUGGCUGUAAAGGCGAAGGAUCUAGGUCAAAACCUGUUAGUGAUCUGUUGGUUAUUAUCCAUUAACUUUUAAGAAUGUUGCCACUGGCAAAUAAGAGCUGUGUUGUUCUCUUAGUAGUAAAAGGCCUUAGGUUUGGGUGACUUGCUGAGGGUGUCUGUACAUGUAGUGAUUUUGAAUAAAGACAGGAAAGAGAAUUUAUAUUAAUUCAAAUUUCAUAGUGUUUUUAGGAAAAUGGUCAGUGCAUUUCAAGAAUUAUAUAGAACGAUUUCCCCAUAUCUGAGCAAGCUGGGUAACACCCAUCAGUCAUGUUAAUGCCUAGUGUGGUUAUGAAUGUUUAAAGUUUUAUAUCUUGCCACAAUAAAUGUUCUGCAUUCAUG